AUGUCGACUCAUCAUCAAAGUGUCCCAUCUCCACUAAAGGUGUCAUUGCCUCCAUUAUCGUCCAUAUUGAAUUCUCCUAGAGAAUCAUCGUUCAAAUAUUCAAUGAUAAACACUCCAGUUUCAAGUACUAAUGCUCAUUCCUUUAAUACUUCAAACACAUCAAUUCUAAACUAUUCCUUGUCAUACAAUAAUCCAAGAAAGUCAUUUCCCCUACCUUCUAUUGACCAUUUGACUUCUCCAACGCUUCGCAGGUCAAUGCCUAUUCCAUUGCCUUCGUUGAGUUCGAAUCAAAACAAGUCUUUCUUACCGGUCACUCCAUUGAAAUUGAAACACCAACAAUCAGUCCCAAUAUUUUUUAAUCAGUCGACUCCUCUAGUCACUAAAUCAAAUCCAUUGUUGGAUAACGAUACUAGUUUCACUUGUUCGACUCCUUUCAAAUUAAAGGAAAAAUCGAAAUCGGAAUCUUGUAUAAUAUCUCCAUCAAUGAAUACUCCUAAGAACUUAACUUUGAAAUUGACAAAUUCAACAACUAAUUUGAAAAAAAGGAAAGCUUCAGCUGAAGACAAAGGCUUUGCCUUUAUCUCUCAUUCACAAGAAACCUUCUUAUCGAACGAACCUGAUAUAGAUAAUGCUCGUUUGGCAAGACGUAAAAGAAGAAGAACCUCUCCAAACGAACUGGCUAUUCUAAAGAAUGAAUUCAAAUUGUGUUCAACUCCUAAUAAGGAGAAGAGAAUUGAGAUUGCUAAUCGUGUCGAUAUGACGGAGAAGGCUGUUCAAAUUUGGUUUCAAAAUAGAAGACAGGCUUUGAGGAAGAACAAGAUUUUACAGUUUGAGGAGGUCCUCAAUAAGGAUACCAAAGGCAACAUCGAUGUUAAGGAUAGUAACGAAGUUAAGGACAACAACAAAGUUAAGGAAUCUGAGAAAAGUAAGGAAGAUACAGAAUUAGUGGAAGUUAAACAACAUGAGGGAUUCAAAGAGUUGAAGGAAACCGAAGUUAAAAACAAUCUUUUCCGUGACGACAAUAAGGAGAAUGUAAACUCAUUGCCACCAAGUGGGGUUUUUCAGUCCACACCAACUAAAAAGAAGCCUUUGAAUGAUAUAACAAACCAUCAAGAAUGCCAUACUUUUAAGUUUAGAUCAACUGAUUGUGGCUUGAUCCAACAUAACCCUUCUUCCUCGAGGCGACAAAAACCAACAAUGAGGUUGAAGCUUAAAACAAACGGAAAUACCCCAACUUCUAGUUCUGAAAAGAUAUACAAUUCAAACUUGUUUCAAACUAUUGUUGUUAAUCAAAAAGAAUAG